AUGGCUUCUGCAGCAUCUUCAUUGGAAAGCAAUGGUAGUAAUGAGUCCAUAUCUCACAGCUAUGCUGGCAAUGAGCGGCACAAUACAGCACAAUCAAUACCUCUACCCAUAGACUAUGAAGUCAUAACUUCUAACUAUGACAAGAACUACACCCAUUCCCAUACUCUGUCCACACCUUAUGAACAUCAAUAUGAUGUUAUUAACAAACAGGCAAAUGAGAACUUGAAACAACAAUGUGAGAAAGCCCUACAUGAUUUAAAUCAAUUGCGACGGCAGCAUACAGAAACCACAAGGCGAUGUGAGCAUGUUAUGAAAGAGUUAGAGUACUUCCGUGGACAACAUAGGGCUGCAAUGAAUCAGUUGGAUGUAUCAGCUCAGGAGGCAAGUAGCCUUCGCGGCAAGUAUGGAGACUUGCUUAAUGACAAUCAGAGAUUGGAGCGUGAAGUUCAGCACCUGCAGCAAAGCAGUACUUCAGAAGGUAGUUCCGAUGCCCUCGUCCACACGUUAAGGAAAUAUGAAGCUCUCAAAGAGGAACUUGACUGCUUCCAGAAGAGGUAUGAUGAUCUCAUAGAAACACACAACGCUACAUUGGAGAAGCUUCGAAGCGUCCAAGAAGACAACAGCAGACUGAAGACGCAGUGUCACGAGCUCACACAAGAGAGGAAUGCUGUGAUCCGCGAGCGUAACGCCCUAAAGCAGCAAGUGUCGAGCGUGGUCCGCCAAUGGGAGGGCGGAGUGCGGGAGAGGGCGGACAUGAAGCGCCUCACGGACGAGCGCAACGCUGCGAUGGCCGAGUACACGCUGAUAAUGAGUGAGAGGGACACAGUGCACAAGGAGAUGGAGAAGCUGUCGGAUGAUCUGCAGGCUGCGUUGAAGAGAGUCGCGGCGCUAGAGGGCGCUCUGCAGGCCAGCAGGGAUGAGCAGAGGGCCACUGCGCUGCAGGCUGAAAGUUUGCGUCGUGAGAUAGAGUCGGCGUUGGUGGACCGCGAUCGAGCUAUCAAAGAGUGUACAGAUCUCAAAACUCCACAGAACACAUCCACUUUGGGAAAGUCUCGCCAAGACAACACUGCGUACCAUCACCUGGGUCUGUCCACUGGGGUAGGCACCGAUGGCUUCCUUAACGGGCAACACUCCAACAAUCCGUCUAUGGAUAAGUUGCAAGGUUUAGUGGGUAUGGUAGUGGACGCAGCCGAUAAGGAGCGAGUGGACAACUUGGAGCAGGCGAACCAAGAGAUAGAGAGACUCCGCAAACAUGUCGACAGGCUGCAAGCGGACUUUAACGAUGCUACACGAGAGGCCGAGGUCUCAAAACGAAGAAGAGACUGGGCCUUUUCUGAAAGAGAUAAGCUGCUACAAGAGAGAGAAAGCGUAAAAGCGUUGUGCAAUAGACUGAGAAAGGAACGAGACCAAAUGGUCGGCGAGUUGGCUGAAGCCAGACGUCACGGGAAGUCUGAGGGGAGAGAGGGGAAGUCGAGGAAACACGAUCCUCGGUUGGGGAACUCUAGCGAAGCGAGGGAAUUUCAGGACUUGGAGUGGGAAACGAUGGAGAUCGAGCUCUGCGGGGAGCUAGAGGCGGGAGGGGGGUUGGAGCUGUGCGGGGGGAGGGAGCAGCCCGCCUUCCCAGGGGACCACGCCCUCUACGUGGCCAGUGUGGCGCCUGGCUCCGUCGCUGAUGGGAAACUUCGGGUCCUUGAUCGUGUAACAGAGGCCUGUGGGGUCUCGAAUUGGGCGCGUGGAGCGGCCUGUAGGGCGGCGAUUAGGGCCGCCUUGAUGAGGGGACCUGUGGCUUUGAGGAUCCAACGCGCAAGGGGAAACACGGCCACGCUUACUAUACAUCAAGGUCUGUUUAUAAGCAAAAUGGCGAAUGCUAACGCUGCUAAAGCUGGCAACAUUUAUGUCGGAGAUCGGAUUGUCGGGAUAAACAACCGAUCGUUGGACGGCGUGAAGAACGCCAACGAGGCGUUGUGGCUCCUACACGAAUGUCAGUACGAUUGUGUGUUGAUGACUUCGUUACGGCCUGCGCACUGUCACGAUACGAGACACAGGUCGUCAUUGUACGAGCCAUCAUACGGAGAUGGGAAAUCUUCGGACGAUGCGUGGGCGCCGUUCACUCCACCGCCACCUGAACCAAAGGUUCACAUCGACGCGUGCGUAGCGGAGUUCGAUCGUCGCUACGUAUACCACGUGGCUGCUUCGAGUCAGGGGAAGAUACAUCAAGAGAGAGGGACGUGGGACAUGAUCCGAGGCAAAAUUGAGGCAGUUACCGGGCGAAGCAAAUCUAAGGAUAAACAGAACAAGGUUCCGGAAUCUGAUGCAAUCGCAGAGUUAGACUCUGUUAUCGACAGCUAUCAUGGCAAAACAAUAAAAGAAACGAGUAGCGUGUUAAAACGUUCACGAAGAAAAAAUAAAGAAUCACAAAACGACGCCAAAAACGGCGGCACCUGGCCCAAAGCCCGAGCUAAUUUUAUCCUUGAAGAUAACGCGACCGGGACUAUAGUCCAACCCCGUUCCAGAAAAGAGAGACCACCUCUGUCGAUUCUACUCAGUCCACCCACAAAAUUACCGCCCGAACCACAGCGCUCGAACACUAAUAGAAAUUCAAACCCCAUACCCUUGGGACACAUGCCUCUAACUCAAGCGACGACACCGGCUAGGCAUUCAGUGUAUAAAUCCAUCGAAUCUAGCCCAGCCAUCGAACAUUUUCCAAAACCAGCGCCACUAGCCAUACACAACCCUUUCGCUUCCCCUAACAAUAUUAACUUUGAAAAGAGUCGAACGUUGGAAAAGGAAAGAGACAAAAUAUCCAUAAGUGACUACGAACAUGAUGUCACGCCGAACAGACUAAGCCUAGUUCUCAACCCUUCCGAUGAUUCCUUGGACUACCAACCUACUAUAAGAAACAGAACAAAAAGCCCACAUUCUUUAGAUUUCAUGGUCAACAAGGGACCCAGUUCUCUCGAUUUCGUUUCUCGAAAAUCCCCGAGUUCUUUAGAGCACUCUAUCAAAAAUCACACGGGCAAAGAUAUUCUCGACCAGUAUUAUUCAUCAAAAAAGUCUUCCUCGCCCAAAACUGUGAACAAGUACCCCUCUGACAGCGAUAGUUUCGGUCCUGAUAGUUUGACCAGCAAUGCAAACUUUCCCAUGACAGGGACUCUACCUUCACAGACGAGAUUGCAAUCGCAAUAUUACAGAGGACCGUUCACCAACUCCAAUCCACACAACUCUAGCAGAUACACGCAUCUGUCCAGCCCCACAAACAUCCCUCAGAGCCAGUCUGGAGAGAGCAUAGGAACCAGUUACGAUAUGCAUUCGUUCACCUCACACACGCACAAUAUGUCGGACUUGAACCCCGUGCCUAGAGUGAACAGAGAAUAUCAGCAGACGUACGAAGGCGGGACGUUUCCCAGGAAAAAGGAAAAUCAGAGGUUUCGAAUCCCAUCCAACCCCAGUGUGACAUCCAAGAACUCCGCCGGGAAACUUAGUACGGGUUCUAUCGAAAGGAGUUCAGAGAGAAAUUCUCCCAUGCCGACAUUUCAUGUCGAAGUUUUAAGUCCCGGACACGGUGUUAAGCAGUUAGCCCACAAAACGAGAAAUUCGAUGCCCGAAUACUGUGGACUCAGCUGGAACAAGCCGUUACCUGGUGAACUACGAAGGGUACACAUAGAUAAAAGCCAGCAGCCGCUCGGUAUUCAGAUCUACUGCCCUCCGAGUAGUGGCGGAGUAUUCGUGUCGACGGUGAAUGAAAAUUCCUUGGCUAGUCAAGUUGGUUUACAAGUGGGUGACCAAUUACUUGAAGUUUGUGGGAUAAAUAUGCGAUCAGCGACGUAUACUUUAGCCGCUAGUGUUUUGAGGCAAAUCGGGAACUCGAUCACGAUGCUUGUCCAAUUCAGCCCCGAGAAGUAUAAAGAUGAAAUGGAAACCCCCGGCAGCUCGUCGUCUGGAGAAAGUUCUCACGACGAAGAGGUUUCACUCUCCGGAUCGCCUACUCCCAGAAAUUCUCCUGGUCCUCAACAGUCCUUGAGGAUGGACGUCCCGUCGACUGACGCUUCCACGCUGAGGCAAUCGCAAGGCAAGGACUUGCCGAGGUUUUUGUUGAUAGAGAUGAGGAACUGUUCAGACCUGGGCAUAAGUUUGGUUGGGGGAAAUGCUGUCGGGAUUUUUGUACAUAGUGUUCAAAUAGACUCUCCGGCGUACAUAGCAGGUCUACGUACGGGAGACCAGAUAUUGGAGUAUAACAACGUUGACCUAAGGAGGGCUACGGCCGAGCAAGCCGCUUUAGAACUCGCAAAGCCUGCUGAUAAGGUGAGCGUACUAGUCCGUCACGAUCUCCAACAGUACCACGAAAUAAAAGACAAGCCGGGCGAUGCAUUUUACAUUCGGGCUGGUUUCGAUCGUUGUGCCAAAAUUACUUCCAUAGGAAUGGAUACGAUAGACGAAUAUUCAUUAUGGUUCCGAAAAGACGAAGUCCUGUUCGUGGAUAAUACAUUGUUCAAUGGAGCUCCGGGUCUGUGGCGCGCUUGGCAGUUAGAUUGUAAGGGCGUUAAGCGACACUGGGGAACUAUACCGAGUAAAUUCAAAGUUGAAGAAAUCCUUCGAAGAUCGAUGGGUACGUUAGACGCCGAUGCCCAAAGACGCGCGUCAAGCACGGCGAGAAGAUCUUUCUUCAGGCGAAAGAAACACCGAGACAGCAAGGAGUUAGCUUCCUUUUCUAAUACGGAGCUGGGAUGCUGGAGUGACUCUGGGACCCUCGCUGAUGAUGUACCGCCUCUGUCUUAUCAGAGGGUUGAGAGGUUGCAUUACGGUAGUCGCCGUCCAGUUGCAGUGUUAGGACCGCUUAGAGAGAUCGUAGCGGGAAAAUUGGUGACGGACUGGCCUCACGUGUUUGUACGUGUAAGGCCGGAGCCGCGUACGUUACGAGAUCGUGCGGAUAAGGGCAUCCACUGUAUAAUCGACGUCUCAGUGGCCAUAAUCGAAAAGCUUCACAAGCACCAGAUAUACCCGAUUGUGCUAUUUAUCAAGUUUAAAUCGUUCAAACAAAUAAAGGAAGUGAAAGACACCCGCUAUCCAGCAGACAAAGUAUCGGCGAAGGCUGCGAAAGAAAUGUACGAGCACGGGCUUAAGUUGGAGAAUGAGUUCAGGAAUUUUAUUUCAGCGGAGAUCCCGGCUGGAGUAAAUAUCGCAUACAUGUGCACUCAAAUCAAAGAAGCCGUCGAAGAGGAACAGAACAAAACCCUCUGGGUGCCCUCCGCACAGGCCUGA